CAGUUGGUCACUGAAAGCUUCCAGAAAAUGUCGAGUUUAUCACUGAUUGCCUUGUGUGUCUUAGUUGUUUUGACCGGAAAAUCGAUUGGACAAAAUGCUGGCAUAGAGGAUUCAUUGGCUUGGACCGAUGCACAAUUCAAGAUUGCUGAAUCUGUUGUCAUGAAAAAGCUACCAAAUACUGCUGAUGCUUUGGAUGAUGCCAGAGAUCAACUAGAUACCUUAAAAAUGGCUCUAUCCCAUUGUGACAAUGAGCUAAGAUCUAGUAGAAAGGUCGAUGUUCAUAGGAUUUGUGUGAAAGUCGUGUUUGGUGCCUUUUAUGUUUCUUUGGAUAGCUUGGCUGACGAGACCUGGGCACACUAUGGAGCCACCUCUGGAGCAUCGCGUGUUGGCUUGUUUUGACAAAUUGGAAAUAUGCAGUUCUUAAUUAAAAAACAAAAGUUGUAAAAUCUCAUUUCCAUUUUUUUCAAGUGUUAACUAUUAAGUUAUGUUGUAUAUUUUUGGUUUGGUUUUUUUGUUUCAGAAUUUCUCUGAAUUGUAAGAUUAUAUUUGUAUGUUUUUGAACUUUGAAUCAGUUCAAAAACAUUUUUUUUCAGCAAUUGAUUGAUUGAAAUAAAAGUUAGAAAUAGCUA